AUGUUUUCAUUCAAGGAAAGGAUGAAGACAUUUGCUUCAUGGCCUGAGAACUACGGUGUUGCAACGCCGGAGGGUCUUUCCAUUGCAGGAUUUAUCUGCCUAUCUACGGAAGAGAACAAUCUGACGGUGGAGUGUGUGUAUUGCAAUAAGACACUGGAAUGCUGGGAAAGGACAGACAUGCCGGCAAAGGAGCACUACCUCCACAUGAACAGCUGUCCACUUUUCAAUGUGAACAGAUUGGAGAGCAGGGUAAAGAUGUUCAAUGGAUGGAGUCUCAAGGAGGCGAAGGCACUUGCAAGAAUGGGGUUUGUUAAGUACAACCUUGGAGAGUCGGACUUUAUCUUUUGCUAUAAAUGCGGAUCGAUCAACAGAAGCCAUUUGUGUGAAAGAAAGAGAGGGCAUCCAUACAGCUUGGAGAAGCGUGGGAGUGUAUUUUUUUACGACUUAAUCGAAGGCAUUUACAACAAAGAGCUGGUGAAGCUUACAGAGUACAAUGUAUAUAUUCCACAGCACACCAAAGAGUUUCUGAAAGAAGUUACCGGUGGUUGUUUGGGGUCGGUUUUUCGAAGUGUCGAGGAUGUGAUAGAAGAAUACAUGGGAAACAAGCUGUUUGAAAUAGACAAGGCUAUGAGCCAUGAUAUCGAGAGAGCUCUUGAUGAGGUGGUGGCGGGAAUUGGAAAAAAAAGCCUGGGAUGA